AUGGCUGAAGCACAUCAAGCCAUUGGUGUCUUUGAUGAGCACAAGCGUGGUGUCGAGCUGCUGUACUCAGAAGAUGGCAUCCGUGUGUCAUUUGUUAUUCCUCCACCCCACGAAAUUCGACGCAGCGUCGUCCGUGAGUUUUUUCACCUUCAACGCGCGGUGAAGCGUGGCGUGUACCCUGCACCUCCUUAUGCUGUCAUUCUGACAGUUGUCGUCAUUUCGGUGAUUGUUGUGGCGUCUCCAACAGAAUCGUGGUGGCGUAGUGGACCCGUUUCGCAAGUCGUUUGGCAUGUUGCAUGGACCGCAUUUCUCGGUCUGUUACUGCUAAUGGCAGUCCAAAGACUGUUCUUGCGAUUACUUUUAAGUUACAGAGGUUGGUUGUACCUUGCUCCACGGCAAAAGAGUCGCACUGUAAUGGCUUGGGCUGCCUUAUUAAAGAUAUUUGGCGGCCGAAACCCGCUUACGUACUCGUUUCAGGACGCACUGCCGCGACUGCCGUUACCCCCACUUAAAGACACAAUCCAGCGAUACCUUAAGUCUGUACAUCCUUUGUUGGCACCAGAUGAGUACGAGGAAGUAGUGCAAAUGGCGAACGAGUUCGUACGCAAGGAAGGUCCGAAGCUUCAGUUUUAUCUGUACCUCAAGAGUUGGUGGUCUUCCAACUACGUGACGGAUUGGUGGGAGAAGUAUGUGUACCUUAAAGGCCGCUCGUCGCUUAUGAUAAAUAGCAAUUAUUACGCGCUGCCUGGAUCCAAUCUGAAUUUCAGCCUGACAAAAAAGCCGCUUGCUCUGGCUGCCACUUUGGUACACGAGUUUCUUUUAUUCAAACAAGACCUCGACCGAGAACAGCUUGCUCCGUUGCUGAUUAGAGGCAUUGUACCACUUUGUAUGAGUCAAUAUCAGCGCAUCUUCUCGUGUACUCGUAUUCCAGGCCGAGAGACGGAUUCGUUAAAAUUGUAUCAUCAUAAGUCGAAGCACAUUGCUGUAUUUUGCCACGGUCACGUGUUCAAGAUGCCGCUGUUUGAGAAAGGGCAAUACGGUAAACUGUUAACUAAAUUUGAAAUCCAGCGACAGUUUGAGUGGAUUGAAUCGACUGCCUUGGCGAUGGAUCCUCCGUCGAAAUCGGAAGAACACUUGGCUGCAUUAACUGCUGUUGGACGUAUUGAGUGGGCCAAAAAUCGUGAGCAAUUCUUUUCUGGUGGCGUAAACAAGCGCUCGCUGGAGAUGAUCGAGUCAGCGAUUUUUGUUGUUGUGCUUCAAGACGAUGUAGCCAAAGACUGGACGUCAAUGGGCAAGAAUUUGAUUCAUGGCAAUGGCGGUAACCGGUGGUUUGAUAAGUCGUUUAAUCUGGUCAUUUACAAAAACAGUGUGGCCGGAUUUAAUGCGGAACACGCUUGGGCGGAUGCUCCUGUGAUGGCGCAUGUGUGGGAGCAAGUGUAUACUAAGCAGUGCUAUACAAUGCCUUACGAUGACAAUGGAGAUGCUUCUGUCCUAUCAGAACGCGAGCGUGUGUCAAACUUGCCUCCUUGCCGAGUGCUCACUUGGGACUUUUCAACAGGCCUUCACAGUGCUGUACUGAAGUCUCUUGAAGAAGCUAAAGAAGCUAUCAGCGACUUUGAUUUAAAGGUCAUUUCUCACACAAAUUAUGGCAAAGGAUUGAUUAAAAAAUUUCGUGUAAGUCCCGACGCUUUCAUCCAGAUGGCCCUACAACUCGCUUACUACCGUAACUCGGGUACAAUUACACAGACGUACGAGUCCAGUAUGACUCGUCUGUACCGUGAUGGUCGUACAGAGACAGUACGACCAGUGACGGAUGAGUCCAAGGCGUUUGUGCAUGGAAUGGUGGACCCGAACGUGUCAGAUGCCGAGAAGCUAAGGCUUCUUCAGCAAGCCUGUGAUGUGCAUCAAGAAAGCUACCGGAACGCUAUGAGCGGCAAAGGCAUUGACCGUCACUUGUUUACACUUUAUUGUGUGUCGGUGGGAUUUGGUAUUGAAUCGCCAUUUUUAAAUAAUGCACUAGGUCGUCCAUGGCGUCUCUCGACAAGUCAGCAGCCUCAGCAGCAGACAGACAAUUGGCGCCUUGUCGAAAAAGCACUAAAUGGUACUCAGUAUUCAAUUGAAGAUGCACGUUGCCCAGGUGGUGGUUUUGGUCCUGUCGCGGAAGAUGGCUACGGUGUGAGCUAUAUGGUCGCAGGUGAAUACAUGCUCGGCUUUCACAUUUCUAGCAAGAAAUCGUGUCCGUCUACUAGCUCGGAUAAAUUUGCCGAAGACAUCGAGAAAGCACUCGCCGACUUGAAAGCGUUGUGGCACCCGACAGAGUAG